AUGGCUUCUCCUUCUCGGAGUGUUUUCCCUUUCAUUUUUAUGCUACUCCUUGUUGGGUGCUCUGCAAGACCUCUUUACCCACUCCCUAGUAGGAGACACAAUGGAAAUCGACAGCCCCUGCAAACAUUUCGUCCAUAUAACAUUGCACAUCGAGGAUCAAAUGGAGAAAUUCCAGAAGAAACUACCGCUGCGUACAAGAGAGCCAUUGAAGAAGGAACUGAUUUCAUAGAAACAGACAUUUUGGCCUCCAAAGACGGUGUUCUUAUAUCCUUCCAUGAUGUAUGUCUUGAUGAUACAACUGAUAUAGCUGAACACCUGGAGUUCGUCAACCGUAAGCGGACCUAUGAAGUUCAAGGGCUCAAUCUUACUGGCUACUUCGUAGUUGAUUUCACACUAAAAGAGCUAAAGUCAUUGCGAGUGAAGCAGAGAUAUCAUUUCCGGGAUCAGCAGUAUAAUGGAAAAUUUUCUAUUAUUACAUUUGAAGAGUUCAUUUCAAUUGCAUUGGAUGCCAACCGAGUUGUUGGAAUAUAUCCCGAGAUGAAAAAUCCAGUAUUUAUCAAUCAAAGAGUAAAAUGGCCGGGCGGUAAGAAAUUUGAGGACAAGUUUGUGGAAACUCUCAAGAAGUAUGGAUACAGAGGUUCUUAUAUGUCAAAAGAAUGGUUGAAACAACCAGCUUUUAUUCAGUCAUUUGCUCCUACUUCUCUUAUCCACAUUUCGAACCAGUCCGAUCUGCCGAAAAUUCUUCUAAUUGAUGAUAUUACUAUGCCGACUCAGGACACGAAUCAGUCGUAUUGGGAGAUCACUUCAGACAAAUAUCUUGAUUUUAUCGAAGAAUAUAUCGUGGGGAUUGGACCGUGGAAGGAUACUUUGGUUACUGCAUCACACAAUUAUCUGCAAAAACCUACUGAUCUUGUUUCCAGAGCACAUGCCCGUAAUCUUCAGGUGCAUCCAUACACUUUCCGCAACGAGAACCAGUACUUACACUUCAACUUCAGUCAAGAUCCAUACAAGGAAUUCGAUUACUGGAUAAAUGAGAUUGGGGUCGAUGGACUGUUUACAGACUUCACAGGCAGCCUCCACCAAUUUCAAGAAUGGACUUCUCCAUCAUCAACUGGAGAGGAAGAUGCAAAUAAGCUGCUAGAUAAGAUUGUCUUUAUGAUAUCAAAGUUCAAAAGAAAAUUGUAA